AUUUUUGCUGCUGCAGUGGCUUGCUUCGCACCACAUGGUGUAACUGCGUGAGAGUCUGAUGUGUUAUGAAGAUUAAUUGUAUUUUAAAAUUCCUGCAGCUCGUGGUUAGCAAAUCAAACGCACAGCUAAACAAUGUCGCAGAUACAAGCGAGGUUCUUCACAGAGGACAAAAGGUAUGUUGUAGAUGAUGUCCCGUUCUCCAUCCCAGCUGGCUCUGAAGUGCAAGACCUCAGUAAUGUCAUCAACAAGCUGCUGGAAGCUAAAAAUGCAUCUCACAGCAAAGUGGAGUUUGACUUCCUUGUCGGGGGUCAGUUCCUGCGAACGUCGCUGUCAACUCACAUGGAGACAGAGGGCAUAUCAACGGAAGAAGUCAUGGAGAUAGAGUACGUGGCGCGGAUCACAGCCCCAGAGCCUGAGGAGUGUAUGAUGCACGAUGACUGGAUUAGCUCUGUAGAUGCUGAUGCUGAAUGGAUCCUAACAGGGUCAUAUGACAAGACUGCCAGGAUUUGGUCUGCUGAGGGCAAGGCUGUGAUGACUGUGGCCGGGCACACAGAUGUGGUCAAAAAUGUAGCCUGGGUCAAAAGAGAGGGUCUGACCUCGCUGCUUCUGACGGCCUCUUUGGACCAAACUGUUUUACUGUGGGAGUGGAACUCAGAGAGGAACAAGGUGAAAGCCAGGCAUUGCUGUCGGGGACACACAGGGAGUGUUGAUACCAUUUCUACAGACCCCACCAGAACAAAGUUCUGCAGUGGCUCCUGGGACAAAAUGUUGAAGAUCUGGUCAGCAGUGCCCACAGAUGAGCAGGAUGAGAUUGAGGAGCCCGCUGACAGACCGAGGAAGAAACAGAAGACUCAGCAGCUGGGCCUGACCAGGACUCCCCUGAUGACAUUGUCUGGACACGGUGAGGCAGUGUCAUCUGUCCUGUGGUCUGACAGUGAGGAAGUUUGCAGUGCGUCUUGGGACCACACCAUCCGCAUUUGGGAUGUCAAUACUGGAGAGAUGAAGACCACGUUGACUGGCGCCAAAGUGUUUAACUGUAUUUCCUAUUCACCUUUGUGUCGACGACUGGCCUCAGGUAGCACUGAUAGACACAUCAGACUGUGGGACCCCCGCACUAAAGACGGAUCUCUAGUUCUGCUGACUCUGACCUCCCACACUGGCUGGGUCACUGCUGUCAAGUGGGGGCCAUCACAUGAGCACCAGUUGGUCUCCAGUUCCCUUGACAACUUGGUCAAACUUUGGGAUACCAGAAGCUGUAAGGCUCCUCUAUAUGAUCUGGCGGCCCAUGAGGACAAAGUAUUUUGUGUGGACUGGACAGAAAGUGGGUUGAUGCUGAGCGGAGGUGCAGAUAACAAGCUGUACACCUACAGAUACCCAGCCUGUCAGACUGAAGCAGAGGCAUAGCAGAUUCAACACGUCCUUCAGCACUCAUUGGACAGACACAGUAGUUCAAAGUACUGGACAAACAUUUUGGCUUUGUUCUCUGCUUUCCUGAUUGAUUUUACACCCUUGGUUUUCACACAGAUUUUCUUAUGUUGUUUCUCUGUAAUCCAAACUGAUUAUAAAUUAGUUUUGUCUAAUAAAAUGUUGUUUGUUCAU